GAGGAGGAGGGAGUGAGGGUAGUAGCCCAUCAUCUGGUUCGUAUAGUGGCAGUUCAAGCUCUAGUUCAAGUUCUUACACAUCAUCAUUAUGGGUCUUUUGGUAUUAUGAUAACGACGGAGUUAGAAAAUGUGGAAAUUACUGCAUAG